CACACUUAUUGCGUUUUAACUGCGAUCAAGCUUUGUGUGUUUAGUAGCAAUCAUGAUUCGAGCGAGUGCGCAUCGCUUAUUUAGCAAUCAACUCGCGAUAAACUCAUUGAAACGAUGUUACGCUCUUGGUGUAACCGCAGAAACGGAAGCGGAUGUGAUGCCAAGCGAUUGGCAUAGUGCAAAACCAUAUGAAUCUAUUCCGGGUCCGACCCCGUGGCCAAUCGUUGGUAAUGCCUGGAGAUUCAUUGGUGGGGUUGACUUUUUAAAGAUAAUGAAACAAAUGCAUAAUAAAUAUGGUGAUGUGGUGAUAAUGCGCCAACUUCUGGCUCUUGGUGAUAUGACAAUGCUUUUUAACAUUCGUGAUAUUGAAUGGUUACUUCGCAAUGAAGGAGCGUGGCCUAUUCGCGAUGGUUUAGCAUCCAGUUACAGAUAUCGUCAUGUACUACGCAAGGACGUAUUUGGAGAUACUUAUGGUUUAAUUAACGGUCAGAAUGAAAGUUGGGGAACUUUUCGAACGGCAGUUAAUCCAAUAAUGAUGCAGCCUCGCACAACACAUCAGUACAUACCUCAAAUCAACGAAAUCGGUGACGAAUUCAUUGAGCUCGUUACAAAAUUGAAGUCGAAAGAUGCCAAUAAUGAAACACCCGAUAAUUUCGCUGAUGAACUGAAUAAAUGGGCGUUUGAAUCAAUCACGGCCAUUGCAUUGGACACACGAUUAGGGGUUUUAGCUGAGAAACCCAGUGCUAAAGCUG